AUGGCUCCAUCAAGAGUUCCUCAAAAGCGAAUCUUAGGGGAGGCAAAGAAUAUUCAACAAAGCAAUAUCCCCUCAUCCCCUCCAUCCGCGGCGAAGAAACGGAAGUUGGAACCAGUUGCAUCAUCACCAGCCCCAGUUAGAUUCAAGAGUUCACAGAAUGGACCAAGGGGGAAGCUGGCUUCUAGCCAGCCUAGUCAAUUCGAGUCGGAAGUGUUGGAAAAAAUGACACAGGAUAUAGAGAGCUUGAAGAAGAAUAAUUCGGAAAAAGAUCAAGAAUGGGCAAGGCCGAGUCUGUCAGACUUCAACCCCGAGGAGGAUAAUUUAAUCUUUCAGCAAAUUGAAUGUGAGGAGGGUACUUAUGACCAUGGAAAGGCGACUGUGAAGUUAUUUGGUGUCACUGAGACUGGUCACUCAGUUAUGCUACAUGUUCAAGAUUUUUUACAUUACCUUUAUGUUGCCGCUCCAGUCAAUUUUACACAUAAAGAUUGCGAACAAUACAGAAUGUAUCUGGACUCGCAUGUGGGAAUGCAUACGCCUGCCAUUCAUUCAGUAUCGGUAGUUCUACGAGAAAAUUUAUACGGAUUUACGGGAAACAAACAGCACGCAUAUAUUAAGGUUACAGUUACAGAUCCUAGAUAUAUAAACAAAGUCAGGACAACUAUCGAGGAGGGUCGAGCAAACUGGAAAGGGAUGUGGAGGAAUGACGGAAAUGGCAUUUUGACGUUCGAUAGUAUUCAAUAUGUGUUAAGAUUUAUGGUUGAUGUCAAGAUUCAUGGUAUGUCUUGGGUAGAAGUAGAAGCAAAGAAAUACACAAUAGUCCCAGAGCAUAAUAGACAAUCGAAUUGUCAAAUCGAAGCCGUAACGUCAUAUCGAGACCUCAUUGCGCAUAAACCAGAAGGAGAAUGGGCGAAGAUGGCACCUCUACGUAUCCUAUCCUUCGACAUCGAAUGUGCUGGUCGCAAGGGUGUCUUUCCGGAAGCAAAUCAGGAUCCUGUUAUUCAAAUCGCUAAUAUUGUUACUCGUUACGGAGAGAAGAAGCCAUUCGUACGAAACGUCUUUUGUCUCGAUACCACCAGUUUGAUUGUCAAUACACAAAUUUUUGAAUUCGACAAGGAAGAAAAGAUGUUGUCGAAAUGGAGAGACUUUCUUGAAGAAGUCGACCCAGAUAUCAUCAUUGGUUACAAUAUUGCCAACUUCGAUUUUCCAUAUCUCCUGGAUCGAGCUGAUCAUCUGAAAAUCAAAAACUUCAGUCAAUGGACUCGAUUAAAAUCUAUCCAAUCUCAAGCUAAAACAUCCAAUUUCUCCAGCAAACAAAUGGGUAAUAGGGAUACAAAGGCUACCAAUACUAAUGGACGACUGCAAUUGGAUUUGUUACAACUUGUUCAGAGAGAUCAUCAACUCCGAAGUUAUACACUCAAUUCCGUUUGUGCUCAAUUUUUGGGCGAGCAAAAGGAAGAUGUUCAUCACACUAUGAUUACUGAAUUAUUUAACGGAACACCUGAGUCUAGGCGAAGAUUAGCAGUUUACUGUCUAAAGGAUGCUUAUCUACCUCAACGACUAAUGGAUAAACUUUCAUGUUUGGAGAAUUACACGGAAAUGGCUAGAGUUACAGGUGUCCCUUUUAAUUUUCUUCUGUCCCGUGGCCAACAAGUCAAAUUCAUUAGUCAACUGUUUCGAAAAGCUUUGGAACAGAAAUUGGUUAUUCCUAAUCUCUCAACCGCCUCAUCAGAAGAACAGUACGAAGGUGCCACUGUCAUUGAACCUACUAGGGGAUAUUAUAGUGUGCCAAUCGCAACUCUGGAUUUUGCUUCUCUAUACCCAAGUAUUAUUCAAGCACAUAAUCUUUGCUAUACUACACUGCUCAAGAAAGAUGUUGUUGAAGCUCUCAAUCUAGAGAAGGAUGAAGACUAUAUCGUUACACCAAAUGGGGACAUGUUCGUCACUACCAAACAACGAAAGGGUCUUCUCACACAAAUUUUGGAAGAAUUGUUAACAGCAAGAAAACAAGCUAAAAGAGAACUUGCUGUCGAAACGGAUCCUUUCAAAAAAGCUGUAUUGAAUGGUCGACAACUUGCAUUGAAGAUUAGCGCAAACAGUGUUUAUGGUUUAACUGGUGCUACUGUAGGAAAAGUGCCUUGUUUGCCAAUUGCCAGUAGUACCACAAGUUAUGGUCGUCAAAUGAUUGAAAAGACAAAAGCAGAGGUCGAGGCAAAAUACACCAUCGCAAAUGGAUAUUCGCAUGAUGCGCAAGUCAUUUACGGUGAUACUGAUUCAGUUAUGGUUAAAUUUGGUGUGAAGGAAUUAACGGAAGCAAUGAAACUAGGAGAAGAAGCUGCACAAUACGUUUCCUCGAAAUUCAUCAAACCGAUCAAGUUGGAAUUCGAAAAGGUUUAUUACCCAUAUCUUCUCAUUAACAAGAAGAGAUAUGCUGGGCUUUAUUGGACAAAUCCUGACAAGUAUGAUAAAAUGGAUACGAAGGGUAUUGAGACAGUUCGUCGUGACAACUGUCGGUUGGUUCAAAACGUCAUUGAGACGGUACUGAGAAUGAUCUUGAUUGAUCAAGAUGUUCAAGGAGCUCAAGACUACGUAAAAGACACCAUUUCCGACCUUCUUCAAAACAAAAUCGACAUGUCUAAACUUGUCAUCACCAAAGCCCUAGCAAAAGCAGAUUAUACCGCUAAGCAAGCCCACGUGGAACUCGCCGAACGUAUGAAAAAACGAGAUGCAGGAUCAGCACCUACAUUAGGUGAUCGUGUCGCCUAUGUCAUCAUCAAAGGAUCUGCUGGAGCCAAAAAUUUCGAGAGAUCCGAGGAUCCAAUUUUCGUACUAGAAAACAACGUCCCCAUAGAUACGAAAUAUUACCUCGAUAACCAACUCGCCAAACCUCUCGGUAGAAUUUUCGAGCCUAUCCUCGGCGAAACAAAAGCCAAUUCCCUCCUAGCAGGAGCCCAUACCCGUGCCAUAUCCGUUGCCGCCCCCACCAUCGGCGGUCUCAUGAAAUUCGCCAAGAAAACCUCAACAUGCAUGUCCUGCAAAAAGCCGCUCGUAAAAUCCCACGAGAAAGAUGGAGCAGUAUGUACGGACUGCGCGCCUAGAAUCGGAGAAAUGUACCAGAAACAGCUGAAUAAAGUUUCAGAUCUCGAAGUCAGAUUCGGAAGAUUGUGGACCCAGUGUCAGAGGUGUCAGGGAAGUAUGCAUUGUGAGGUUAUCUGUAGUAGUAAGGAUUGUCCCAUUUUUUAUAUGAGGAUGAAGGCCAAGAAGGAUGUAGAGGAUGCCGGGAAGGAAUUGGAGAGGUUUGAUUUCGAUCAGUCGGCUUGGUAA